GAGGUGCUGACGCCUGUCGUUGGGACGCCUUCCUCGGCGGGGGAUGGGUGUGAGCUUGGCAAUUUGCCGGCUUCGGCGGUUAGAGGGUCAAUGAACCACUGUCGUGGCACGCAAAGCGCGGAGGCUUGAGAACUUCGAGCAGCUACAAUGAGGCUGAAUCAGAACACCGUGCUGCUGGGCAAGAAGGUGGUCCUGGUACCCUACACCUCCGAGCAUGUGCCUAGGUACCACGAGUGGAUGAAGUCGGAGGAGCUGCGGCACCUGACAGCCUCGGAGCCGCUGACCCUAGAGCAGGAGUACGCGAUGCAGGGCAGCUGGCGUGAAGACGAAGACAAGUGCACCUUCAUUGUGCUGGAUGCAGCAAAGUGGCAGGCCCAGCCCCGCCCCCCGGAAGAGAGCUGCAUGGUGGGAGACGUGAACCUCUUCCUCACAGACCUAGAAGACCCCACCUUGGGGGAGAUCGAGGUCAUGAUUGCAGAGCCCAGCUGCAGAGGCCAGGGCCUUGGCACCGAGGCGUCUCUCCUGAUGAUGUCCUAUGGCGUGACAAAGCUAGGUCUCACCAAGUUUGAGGCCAAAAUUGGGCAAGAAAAUGAGCCUAGCAUCCGGAUGUUCCAGAAGCUUCAUUUUAAGCAGGUGGCCGUGAGCAGUGUCUUCCAGGAGGUGACGCUCAGACUGGCAGUGAGCGAGGCAGAGCGGCUGUGGCUUCUGGAGCAGACGAGCCACAUGGAGGAGAAGCCUUACAGAGCUGCGUUGGCAGAGCCCGAGACCUCCACCCCGUGUGAGCAGAACUGGAACUGUCCACUCCCAAGGCCAGACAGCUGCAUGGGAGACAAAUGCCCAGGGUCUCCAGUCUGCUCCAGGCCCUCCUGAGCCUGCCGUGGCCUCCUCUGGCUGGCAGUGGCCAAGAAGACUCCUUCCUACUCCCAACCAUGAGCUGACUGUGGUUGCACUGAACAGAUGGCUGGCAUCCAUCGAGGCUGGGGUGGAGGUGGGAGCUGGAGGCUGGAAAGCCAGCCUUUCCCUGGGGCCCUUGCUGAGUAAAACAUGCAUUUAGGCAGCUUCCCUCGGCCCUUCAUUCAUCGUCCUCAUGGAGAAGGCUGUCCUCUGCAGGCCAGAGUGACCAAGUAGUGGACUUCAUGGUGGAAAGAUAGGCUGGCUCCUGCCUGGUGGCCUUGGUUCUGCUUUCAGCUUUUUGGAGUCAGACAGGUCUGAGGGAAGAAUGACUUCCGCAUGCAGCUCCUUCAUCCCUGUCAGAGAAGCUCGGGGCCUGCUACAGGUGAGAGAACCUGAGGCUACCCACAGCCCCCUCCUGUAGCGUAGGACUCUUCCCCUUCCUGUCUUGUUCAUUGCCCUAUUUUGGGCAGUUGCAUCCAAUCUGGCCACUAGGGGGCAGCAGAGGCAUAGAUUCGGGACGGCCAGGGUACUGGCAAAGUUCUCUGGUGUGCUGGUGUGUUGCGCCCCCACCUCAAUCCUUUUACUCCUAACCUCCCUGUAGCCUGCCAUUAUCUGAGGUAGUCAUCAAGAAGGGCCAGGCGUAUUUUCAAAACAGCGCUGACAGGUUAGAAGUGCAUAUGUGUGAGAGAUGGCUCUGGUUAAAGUUAUUGCCAAGACCUCCCAGCCCCUGGUCUUGGCGUCUUACCCCAGAUUGCACAGGGGAAAACUGCAAUCCAGAAUGCCUGAAUUUGAAGUUAAAUUUGCUAUUGGCUCCCUUUGGACUCUGCUCCAGACCUUGGCCAGUGCUGGUCCAGCUCAGAGCUAAAGGUCCCCCGCAGCUUCUCCACCCAGCAGGUGAGGUAGGGAGGGUGCUUCAAGCCCUGUUACACCAGUCAGGGGACCUCCACCUGGGGCCAAAGGGUAGAAGCGUGGGUGGACGAGGGAGGCCAGCCCAGCCGAGCAGGCGAGCAGGUACUGUGAUAAGGGCUUUGGAUGGUUUCUCUCAAGGCUGGUGGAAUCCAGACGUUAAUGCCAAGAGGACCAGAGAGUGAAUGGCCUUCUCCCAACCCAGAGGGCUCCAGGCCUUCUCUCCUGGAGCUAUUAUUUUCUUUACUUGUUCCUUUCAGCCCAGCAACCUGGUUCUGAGUGGCCUUUCUGUAAACUAGGUGAGCGGGAAGUAGCUGGGGCCACAGUCCCCUUCAUUUUUGAACACCUGACCUAGGGCAUGGUCCAGUAGGGAGCCUGGGCAUUCAGGGCCUCCUGGCAGAAAGGCGGUAUAUUCCCUUUGCAAAGUCCCUUCCAUCCCACCUUGCCACACAACAUGUGCUGCAGCUAAGUGGACUAGUUUUCUCCUGUGCUGGAUAUCUGCUUUCCCAUCAGGCCACUGGGCAGAUAAGGGGUGUCUGUGGCAGAAACAGGGAGGAAAGGCAUCGUCAGGUCCUGAACCCCGCUCUGCAGUGAGGUUUCACUCGUAGCACUUCUGGACCGAGGAGCCUCAGGGCCUCUCAGCUUCCUCUGCCACAAUCCCCAUAGUCACCCCCAUUGCCCCAUGUACCAGGGUACACUGGCAUGGGGCUAAGCACAGAGCUGCAGGGCCCUGUGGACUCUUGAGUAGCUGCAAAGCCACUCCAGGAGUGUCCCACCUCCCAGCCAGAGGCCAGCUCCCUGGGGCUCCGGUCUUUGUCCACUCUUAGACCUGAGGGUGUGAGGCGAAGCACCAAAGACGACUCGGAGGCUCAGGUGGUUUAAAGGAACCAGUGAAUUUCUGAAGGCGUUUCCUUACAGUGGUGGCACCUGGCUCAGGACAGGCAGAGGCAGCCUGGGUUUCCCGUGCUGCCCAGGUCUUUCAGAGUGAGAGUAGAAACAAAAGUUUAAGGGUGAAGCCAUUGCCAUGCUCUGGGUACAAACAACCGGGAAAAUCACAAGAAUCAUGAAAACAAGAACCCCUCUAAAUUCUGCAAUGCUACACUCUUUAAAAAAAAAAAAUCAAAUGGAUCAAAGAAGCCCAAGCCAUAGCUCUGAGGACCUCAG